ACCGAGCUUCAUUCACAUGCAAUAAUACUGUACUGCCAACUCUGUUUCCUAUCACCAAAAGACUAAUAUACAACCUCGACUUUUUAUCCCUACAUACUUCAAUCUGCACAGAACACCAACAAAAACUUUUCCCCAAAAAAAUAAAUACGAGUUUUAAUACAAAUCUGAGAUUGCUGUACAGAGAGUAGAAAAAAGUGUGGUAGCAUCCGGUCUUGUAGCCUCGAGCAUCGCAUGUUUGUUAAGCACGUUCAUCAUUUUCUAUUAUUUGUUUUCUUUAUACUCCUUUAACUUUUUUCUGUCAUUCAGCCUGCACGUUACAAUCACAAAUAACGUUUUUUUUGUCCCAAGACCUAUUCUCUGUUAGUAUCUCAGCCCAAUGCAGUUUUAUGUGCAGCCUUGACUUUUGACAGAUACCCACUUUGAUUAUAUGAUUUUAGAACAAGAUUUUUUUAAAAUACAACAACCCAACCGUUACUCAAAUCCAACAAAUCCCCCCUUGUCCUUAUCUUCUUUGUUGCUUUGAAAGAACUACAUUUAUGCUUUCAACAAUGGUUAGUUGUUUUAUUUGAAAACAGACAUGCUUUCACUAAUGGUUGGUCGAUUUAUUUGAAAUUGGAGCUGUCAGGGCAACGUUUGCAAUUGAAUAAUGUUUUCAUUAAAUGCUAUCUGAUAAUGGGGAUACGUUUUAUGGACCUAGUAGUUGAGCAUGUACCAAUUGUUGUGAGGGUUGUUGAUACCUUUUGUUCCAAAAAUUGAACAAAUAAAACCUAUUGUUUGAAACAAAAAAUAUCAAUUUUUGUUAGGAAAUGUACCAACUAUUCUUAAGAAAUGUACCAAUAGUUGUUAAGAAAUGUACUAAUAUUGUAAAAAAUAACCAAUCAGGUGAUGCCAUAUCAGCUGCACAACUAUGGGGGUCUCUUUUGCAUGCCUAUUGAUCUCACUUUUUUUGGGGUUGUUUUGGACACCUUGACAAAAAGCAUACUGAUGUGGCCCUGAAACCUUAGUUAUAAGUAGGGGACGUGCCAAGUAAGCUCCUGUAAAAAAAAUCGGAGUGAUUUGAAAUUUCCAAGUAGGAUUUUGAGAAGCACGAAGUUAGGGUGCACAACUACUGAGUCCUUUCCCCUACAAUGUCUGGUGUUUAAUGCCAUUGCCGUUGCUGCAGUUUGUUGAAGAAAGGGGAUUCGAAGUUUCAGCCUUAGGGAUCAACCAUGGUAGUCUGUAUGUGCCAGAAGGAAACACAACUAUAUUGCUGUACGCAUAAGGUUCCUGUAUGUGGAGAUUGCAUUCUCUUUCCUGAACACAGUGCUUGUGAGGUGAGGACAUAUGCAGAGUGGAUGGUUGAUUCCAGUUGCAGUUUCCUACCAAAAUGUAGCUUUUGCUUGCAGAUACUAACUCAUUCAAGUCGCUCUGUCACUCGGCUCGGCUGCUUACGAAUCAUGGAAGGAUUGGGCUCAGAUGUUUUGCAUAAUUCGUGCUUGCUUCUACUUUUGAAAGGAUCCUCAUCUCGAACUGGUUAAACAUGUCCUUCAUGCAAAUCACAAGUAAGCUUCUAUGUCUGCUUGUGUCUUCUGCUGCUAAUAUACUAGCACCCAGUUUAGUUUGUUUCAGAGCAAAUGAUACAGAGCUCUGUUUUGGUUUGAAUUCUUGCGAAGAAAAAUGUGUUCUAUUUUAGCUCAAUGCAUGAACCAUUUUAGUUUUAAUAAAGUGUAUGUUGCUGUCUUCA